UUGUUGAGUGUUGCAUUCGAUACGAAGACGUUGAAUAAACGAUUUUUUUUUUCCGCUAAAUCAAAGUCUUAUUAUUUUGUUUGAAGAAGAAAUAAUAAUUUUUUCACAUCAAAAUAAUGUUUUUGUUCUCAGUUCUACUGGUUUUGUGCUUAAGCUCAACGACAUAUUCGCAAGUGGAUGAAUAUGAUUGUGAAAUUACGCCUCCGUUAAAUGUUGAACCGUUGUCAUGUUGUCGCACAAGUAAACCAUUCGAUCGCAACAAUUUUCCGGAAUGUUUUCCCAAUUCAGUAUCAACGACAACACCACAGAUUCCGGUUAGUGAAGUUGCAUAUGAUGACGAUGAUUCCGACGAAGAUUCGGUUACACCAACAAAUGGUCCCAUCGGCAAAGAUGAUUAUUAUACGAAAUGGUAUAAAAAGGAUAAAUACGGAUACAAUUAUUAUCCGUACAAACAUCAUUAUGACGAUCAUCAUAGAUCGUCACAUUAUCAUGAUGAUUACCAUCACGGUGGCGCAGGCGGAGGUGGAGGCAGUGGCAGUGAUUAUCAUCGUUUUGGUGGUGGAUACCGUGGUGGACGAUACAGUCGGCAAAUUGUUUAUCGCAUCAAUUCAGCACCGGCGUUUUGUUCCAUUGAAUGCAUUUUCAAUCAAACGAAUAUAAUAGCAAAUGGUCGAUUUGAUCGUAAUAUUGCCGUUCAAGUGUACGCCGAUUACUAUCCAGAGGUGCCCAUUGAUUUAUUGACACGUUCGAUUGAUCGAUGCACGAAGCAAUUGCGAAACUUUUUAAUCAGCCGACGACGACGAAUUCGCCUCCAAUCCGGCCGCAAUUUACCAGUUAGACGAUGUCGUAACGGUUCUGGUAUGUUUGCUGCAUGCUUCAAUCGCGAAAUUUAUCGAAAUUGCCCGCCACAAUUGGAUACAGAUAAUGAAGACUGUGAUACACUUCGCACAUUCAUCGACAACUGUUCACCAACCCGGGGUAUUCGAAAUAAUUUCAGCUUUGAUAACAUUGAUGUCGAUGAAAACGGCAACUUUAUUCCAACAUAAUAAACAAAUUAACUUUUUUUAUACUAUUUACAAAUAAGCAUUCUUUUCGGUCUAUGAGUCAUACACUAUUCUCGCAGAACAUUUCAUUCAAUAGAAAAUGUGCGUUUUUUUUUUGCGCAAAUUAAUAAUUCUAUUUUAUACAAAUGACGAAUAUUCUAAAUUAAUUAUAUUU